AUUGACAUGCAGUUUGAUACAUUUGAUAGUAGUUGUCAAAAUAAUUAGAAAUAUUUGGAAUAUAAGAAUAUUUUAAUUCUUUUCGAUUUUGUUUUUGAGUCGAGACCUUUCAAUGCACUCAGUUCCAGAUUGCUUGUAAUCAUAUAUUCCCAUUAUUUCAUAAAAUAACUUAUCAGUAUAGUCAUUCAUGGUAAAAUAUAUACCAAAGAGAAAUAUUUCCAUAAAUAAUCACUCAGGCGUGAUAAGAUUCUAAAUGUCAAACUCAAUUAUUCCACAUUUGUUGAGUGAUUCUCCUCCCCCAUUAGUCCCAGAUGAUGAAGAUUUUGAGGAUGAAUUUGGCGAUUUCAAAGGUCCUGAGGAAUUAUCUUUCGAUAAUGAAAUUCCAUCAACACCUUCAUCAUUGAAUAAUUCGAAAGAUGACUUUCCUGAUACUUAUACUGAUUUCAACGAUAUCAGUAAUGAUCAGAAAAGUUAUGAAAUGUUCAGUACGUCUAAAGAAAAACCAACAACUAAUAUUAUUUCCACAUCACCUGUCAGUUACUUCUCCAUAUGGGAGCAAAUAGAGAAUAAUAUUCCAGCAAUUAUUGAUAAUAAUGAGGAUAUUCAAGAAUCAAAAGAUGAAACAAACAGUUUGGAGAAUAAGGGGCCCAAUAAUCUUUCUACUAUUGAAACCUAUGAUGUAAAUGAAUCAACUGAAAAUUUGAAGAAGCCUAGUGAUAAGAACAACCAAAUAGAGUUUGAACAUAUAGUUGCUUCUGAAAGCUCUGAAAAGCAAAUUUCCAAAAAGCUUGAACCUGUGGAAUCGGUUCACUCUUCCAAUGAAAACAUUGAUUUUCAACAUGUACAAUAUGAAAUUGAGAUCAUUCAAUCAGAACAAAUCCAAACUGAAAAUAUUGGUGAGAUUGGUGAAAAUAAAAUUUUAUUUAUAAAACCAUCAGAUGAAAUACUCAAAAUAGAAGAAAAUCAUGAUAUCAAUGCCAAAGAAGAUGAUGCUGGCGAAUGUUUUGAUGAAAAAGAUAAUGAUUUUCCUUCAUCAAAACUUGUAAGUGAACACUUAAGUUCUUCAGAUACAAAUUCAUUUCAGUUGACGGCCUUUGAAUAUACUGAAUGUACAACUGUGGAGAAUGAUGUAAUUUCAAGUGGGAUUAAUGAAGUACCUAGUGUUCACAAUUUACCUAUAGCUGAAAAUCAAGAAAGCAAAGAUGAUUUUGAUGAAUUUGCCGAUUUCAGCUCGUGCACAUUGAAAAAUAAUAUCUCUGAUAAUGUACCUAGUUUGAGCUUCACUGAAACUAAUGAAGAUGACUUUCAUGAGUUUGGAAGCUAUCAAAAUAUUACUGCCUCAGAAGAUGAUGGUAAUAAGUCACAGACACUUUCUACAUCACUAGCCAAUCCAGAACUUGUACAAAAUGAAAAUUUAGAGAAUGAUGACUUUGAUGACUUUACUUCUUACUCGGCAAAUAAUGAAGAUAAUGAUGAAAAAGUUAUCAAGGAAGAGUCUUUCGUCAAAAUUUGUAAGUCUCCAGAAGAAGCUGUGAAAGAAACUCAAAGUGCUUUGGAUAAAAUGUUCCCGAAAAAUGAAUGUACAACUGCAGACUAUUCAAAUUGUGACUAUGUAAUGAACAACUCUGUUUUUGAGGAUCUCAAGGAUAUAACAGAAACUAAUGCACUCACAUAUCAAUGGGGCAAAUCAUGUGCUCAAAAAAACAUUUUGAAGACAUUGAACAUCGAUGUAAGAAAUAUAUUAUAUGGUCCCUCGUGGAACUCUGGGGUACCAAUUUUUGCAGCUAAUUUAUGUUCCAAACCAUUAGAGCCAAUCAAGUCUGAAUUACCGGUACCAAUUAUAUCGCCCCAGAAAAAUAUAGAAACACAAGAAUCAACAUCUACAAUCCCUGAAUUUGACUGGAGCGGAUCUGGACUCGCUAGUUUACAAGAUUCUGCAACUAAUCUUACUGACGAAACGCCUAAAAUUAUUGAAGAAACGUCCAAUUUAAAAAUAAAAGCACCUCAACAAUCUUACGCAGAUGUAGAACCAAUCCAGCCAAAAUUGAGCAAUUUCGAACAUACACUCCCCAAAAAUUCAAAUCAUUUCGAAGUCAUGGAUAAAGAAGAAGAGAAUGACGAUUUCAGCGAUUUCACCUCUUAUCAAGGAACUGAAGAAAAAGAGGAAAUACGGACAAAUAUAAUGCCCUUGCGAGAAUCACAUAUAAGUAGUAAUACACAUCAAAAUGAGGUGGAAACAGACAAGAUUUCCAAAUAUUUCCAAGAACUGACGAUGGGAAGAACAGAAGCCAUUCAUAUUGAUCAAUUGAAAGAAAACUCAAAGUUUAGUUUCAUUGAUGGUAGUUUGCAAUUAUCUAAAAAUCAACAGUUGUCGGAAGGAUCUUCUUGUGUGUUCAGCGAUUCCAGUGAUAAAUCGAAAAUCAAUUCAGUCCAAGUGGAUGUAUCAUAUGAUCAAGUGAAAACUGAUAAACCAUCUGUUCCAAUUGAUAGAUCAAAUAAUUGUGAUAUUUUAACAGAUGCAUUUGAAAUUAUAAACGAAAAUGUUGAAGAAGUAGAAACAAUUUCUUCACAAAGUUAUACCAAAAAUCAAGAAGAUGAGUUUACAGAUUUCCAGUCGUCUUUACCGUGUCCUGCUAAACAACAUGUUGAGCCUACACUUCUAGAACCUUUGAAACCUUCAGUUUUAAAACCAGAAAAAAUGAAAAAUCAGCCUGUUAAAAUUGAAUGGCCAGAGCCAGGACUGGAUGAAGAAGAAAUUAACCGUAUAGUAAACGGAGUACGUCGAAAAAGUUCUACAAGUGAGAAUGUUAAGAAAAAAGCAAAUAAUACAGGAGUAGCUCAGAUUAAUACCAAAAAGCCUGUUGACAAGGGAGAUCAAGAAGAUUGGUCAGAUUUCAUGUGUGUGAAGGAACCACUCAAGACAAGAACGUCAACACCAGACCUUCCACUAUCAGUGUUCAACUUAGGUAGUAUCCAAUCUAACAGAGUUAGUGCUCCAUAUGUUGCCCCUAACGGCGUUGUUCAUUCACCAUCAAAAACUCCAUCUAUAUCAUUCCCAGUUGUCAAUCGGAAUUCUCAGAAUACAACCCAUCAAAGUUCACAUGAACAACCUUUUAUUACCAGUCAGGCUUUUAAUGCACUUUAUUCAAAUUCUAAAAACAAUAUGUUACUUCCCAAUACACACAUAGGUAAAACAGGUGAUAUGAGAUCAAACAACCAGUUCUUUCACAGCGAUAAGGCAAAUUUUGAUUUCAAUUGCUCUGAAAACAACAUCAGUAUUAGUUUCCCACAGAAUGGAGAUAUAAAUCACAGAGUUCAGCAACAUAUACCUUCCAGUAUUACACACAGCAAUGCAGAAGAUGAUGAUUGGGGAGAUUUUGUUUCUGCUCCAAGUACUAUAUCCCAGUCCAAUUCAAGUGCGAAUUUUUUUCAACCCUCAUCUUACAUGAGAACAAAUUUAGGCUUCAGUGGUAAAAGUGUACCUAUUCAGAAAUCUUUUUCUGUCAGUAAGAACACUGUUGUGAGGCAAGAAAAAAACAAUCUUCCAAUUAUCUCAACAAUGCCAGAUCUAGAUUUUGUUUCACCUAAAUCUAGGAAUUCGAUAAAAUGACAAAAAGAAAAUUUCAUGUUGUAAACCCGUGUACAUAUUAUUGCAAGAAUGUCGAUAGAAAAUAUGUUGAUACGUGGACAGAAGUUGUGAACCAAAAAUGUUGUACGGAGUGUUUCACCAUAAAGUGGACAGAUACACUCGUUUCGAUGGUUUGAGAACAUAUUUUCCACUUAUGAUAUAUGCCGCGUUUUCGGAGUCCAGGAUGCUUUUAAGGUAAUUCUUCUGUAAGUUUUCAAAUAAUGGUUUUUGGUCACUCCUUGGUAUUUUUCGAACUCUAAGCCAAAUAAAGUAUAGAAUAAAAAAAAUUCAAAAUGGCGAAAAACCUGUAAAGUUCGCGAUAUUUAUUCGGUUGCCAAAUUAGAUUUCAAUUUUUAAAUUUACGUACUCGAUUUUUUUCAGAGUUUCUGUGGGAAAUUUCUGUGAAAAAUGACCUCAAACGCAGUUGCUCGCUUACGCUUCGAAAACGGGGUAUAUACGAUGAUGAUAGGUAUAUAUUUCUCCUGAUCUCAUCUGCACGACUAUAUAUAUUUGCCCAGUUCAUGGUGAAACAUCCUGUAUAUACUAUCAUUUCGUCCGUUUCCUAUUUGCUUUAAGUGGUCAUUCCAAAUUUUAUAUGUUGAACAUUUAAAUCUUUCAAAAUUUUUGUUAUUGUAAAUUGAAACUUGUGGAUGGAUUUAUGGAUAGUUCUCUAUGCAAAUUAUCAAUUAUUGUUGAAAGGUGAAAUAAGUUUGAGAAUGUCAAAGUAAAUAUUCCAUUUUUUUUUUGACUCAUAAAUUUACGUUUUAUCAAAAUUGUUUUGUUAUCGUGUCAUCGAGUCUAAUUUUUAUAUGGGACCUAAAUUUUCAAACAUUUUAAUUUUGGCCUAAAUAUCGAGUAGUCGAGCAGUAUUCCUUAAAACGAUUUCAUUUGAGAUUGAUUUGUAUUCAUUUUGAACUAAAUAUAAUAUGGUAUUGUUUUUAUAUUUAUUUAUUUAUUGACUUUACUUCAGCUUAUUGGAAUUGAUCUAUUUAUUUAUGCAGAAUGACUUAAUUUAUCGAUUACAUCAUUCAGAAUGAAAUUUCUCAUUAUACUCUAAAAGUGGUGAUAUUUCGUCUUUGGAAAAAAUAAAUUAGUAGUCCAUUCCAUUUGAAAUUAAUCCUUUGUGUUAUCUUAUGAAUUAAGUUUCUAAAAUUUUUAUUCCUUCUGUUAUUCAACCAAUGAAAAUGGAAAACUCUAGUCACUAAGCACUGAAAUUGGUUUCAAUAAUAUAUGACACUAGUUUCAUGUGAUUGAAACUCAUUACAGGUUGUUGGAACUUUUCUGUAAUAAAAUAUCUUCAAUCUGUUAAAAUUUGCCUUCUAACAUAAUUAUGUAAAUAAUGGUGUAUUAUAGUUCUAAUUUGGUUGAGGGUACACAGAUAAAUAGUUAAAAUUUGUUGAUAUAUUCUAAGACAAUAUAUAUAUGAGCAUUCCAAAAUAAAUUUUUUUAAUA